GACGCACCAAAACGUGUGCGUUCACAAACUGUCGCCGACUGCAACGAUUCUAAAAAGCUUUUGAAAACUACCAGUUUGCCGUGUUUAACAUGUUGCCAGUGGUAAAUGGAAACGAUGCGAGUUUGUUUUAGAUGUAUUUUGCAUUAUCGUGUCGUGACUGAGAUUCGACCCAUCCGUGCAAGCGUUACGAUGAAUUUAAUGUCCAGUCUGAUCUCAACGUGACUUUGAGCAAGCACAGCAGUCAUGUGUCAUACUGUACAACUGAAGCUGUAACCCUUGAAUCAAACAUUCCAUCUUAAAAUGCAUUUAAAUGUACCGUUCCCCAUCCUCCGAGGGAGCAUCAGACACUUGAUGACCAGAUCCUCACAGACGUGCAGAGGCAGAGUGACUUGGAGGAGAAAUUACAGUUUUUAUCGAGAUGAGGUGAAAUCACUUAGAGCAGUGGUCAACCCUGACAUCUCAAAAAUUCGUAACAUAGGUAUCAUGGCGCAUAUAGAUGCAGGGAAGACCACCACGACAGAGAGAAUGCUGUACUUCUCUGGCUACACACGGGCUCUCGGGGAUGUGGAUGACGGUGACACUGUAACUGAUUACAUGGCUCAGGAGAGGGAGAGAGGAAUCACCAUCCAGUCAGCUGCUGUUACCUUUGACUGGAAGGAUCACAGGAUUAACCUCAUAGACACGCCAGAAAUUAAAAUCCCAUGUGUGUGUUUCCUAAACAAGAUGGACAAGCCUGCAGCUAGCCUGAGUUACUCUAUAGACAGCAUAAAGACUAAACUAAAGGCCAACCCUAUUCUCCUUCAGAUCCCCAUUGGCUCAGGGAAGAGCUUCACCGGAUUGGUGGACUUGAUCACUAGGCAGAAAAUUACAUGGCAGGGGAGCUCACUGGCAUAUGAUGGUCGUGCUUUUGAGACCAGCGCCCUUCAGCCCUCAGAUGACCCAGAUGUGCUUCAGGCUGUCAGUGAGGCCAGGGCCACUUUGAUAGAACAGGUAGCAGAUCUAGAUGAUGAUUUUGCGGAGCUGCUGCUGGGACAGUACAGUGAAAACUUUGAUGCAGUGCCUGCUGGGAAGUUGCAGGAGGCACUGAGAAAAGUGACAUUAGCUCGUAAGGGGGUGCCUGUGUUGUGUGGAACCUCUCUGAAAAAUAAAGGGGUUCAACCUCUGAUGGAUGCCAUUACUGCUUACCUUCCUGCCCCCAAUGAGAGGAACCAUGACCUGGUGCGCUGGUAUAAGGAUGAUCUGUGUGCGUUGGCAUUCAAAGUGGUCCAUGACAAACAGAGGGGUCCACUCGUGUUUGUUAGGAUCUAUUCAGGAAGCAUGAAGGCUCAGUCAGCAGUGUAUAACAUCAACAGGAACGGAACGGAAAGAAUGAGUCGACUUCUCUUGCCUUUUGCCGAUCAGCACAUAGAAAUUCCUUCUUUAUCUGCGGGAAACAUUGCACUCACGGUUGGACUCAAACAGACCGUGACAGGCGACACCAUCGUCUCCUCCAAAGCCUCUGCUGCAGCUGCGGUGCGGCGGGCUCAGAAGGAAGCAGAGACCAAGAGUAGCUCACAAAGGGAGAGCAGCAGUCUGGCUCUUGCAGGGGUGGAGGUCCCUGAGCCUGUGUUCUUCUGCUCCAUUGAACCUCCUACUCUGGCCAAACAAGCAGAUCUGGAGCAUGCGCUCAACUGCCUGCAAAGAGAAGACCCCAGUCUGAAAGUCAGAACAGACCUUGAUUCUGGACAGACGAUACUGUGUGGCAUGGGAGAGCUGCACAUUGAGGUCAUCCAUGACCGUAUUAAGAGAGAGUUCAACAUCGAAACUCACCUAGGACCCUUGCAGGUGGCCUACAGAGAGACCAUCCUCCAAUCAGCAACUGCCACAGACACAUUAGAUCGUACUCUUGGAGACAAGAGGCAUGUUGUUACUGUGGAGCUCGCCGUCCAUGCUCUGAUGGAGUCUAGCACUUCCUGUGACGUGACUUUUGAGGAGGAAGUAAAAACUCAGCUUUCUGCUGGUGUCAGAGAAGCUGUGGAAAAUGGAGUUCAGAGCGCAUACCUCCAAGGUCCUGUGCUAGGUUUUCCUGUAGAGGGAGUAAAGACCGUUAUCCAGCAUGUAAGUUUGGAGUCAGGCACUUCUGCAGCCAUGGUGUCAGCCUGCGUGUCUCGCUGCAUGCUCAAGGCUCUGAAGCUGGCUGGGGGGCAGGUUUUGGAGCCGGUGAUGGCUCUGGAAGUGACUGUAGGCGAAGAGUAUCUGAGUCCUGUGCUUGCACCUGUGCUGGGUUUUCCUGUAGAGGGAGUAAAGACCGUUAUCCAGCAUGUAAGUUUGGAGUCAGGCACUUCUGCAGCCAUGGUGUCAGCCUGCGUGUCCCGCUGCAUGCUCAAGGCUCUGAAGCUGGCUGGGGGGCAGGUUUUGGAGCCGGUGAUGGCUCUGGAAGUGACUGUAGGCGAAGAGUAUCUGAGUCCUGUGCUUGCAGAUCUCGCCCAGCGACGCGGUACUGUAUGCGACAUCCAAAGUCGACAGGAAAACAAGGUUUUGCUGGCUACAGUACCUUUGGCUGAGAUGAUGGGCUACUCAACCGUUCUGCGCACUUUGACCUCUGGGAACGCUACUUUUUCUCUGGAGCUUUCCAGCUAUGAGCCCAUGAACACUCAGGACCAGAAUAUACUGCUCAACAAGAUGGCUGGACUGGCUUAAAACAUUAACUUUCACCAACUGAACUGGGCAGUGUUUCCCAAAAGCAUUGAAAGCUUAAGUACACCGUAGACCCACUGAAACCAGUGGAGCUACAAUCAACUUAAGCUUACGAUGCUUUUUGGGAAACGCAGCCCUGAACAUUUAUACAGACACAAAUUUUGAUUGCUGUGAUUGGCUGCUCACAUUUGGUCCAGAAGAUAAAAUCUUGGAGACUAGCGUACAUACGGACAUCUCCUGCUCAGCCCACAUCGAGACCUAAUAGGAUUUUUUUUCUGAUGGAGAGAAGAGUGU